GUUGAAAGUACGGACGCUAAUAUAAAUUUAGGAAACUGGCAUCCUAUUAAGGCCGCUAAAUUUUUCUCUAACAAUUUCUCUGGUAUUACUAAUAUUAAACCUGCGGGUUCAAAAAAAAUAAAAAUUUCUUUCGACACAAUUUUUAAUGGUAAUUGCUGCUUGAAUUCAAACAUCUUAAAUGAGAAUAACUUUAAUGCAAUUAUACCUUCUACGCUAAUUUUUUCUUACGGAAUAAUAAAAUUAGACACUGCAGUCUCAGAAGCUGAAUUUUUCGAAGGCGUCCGAUCUUCAGUCAAAAUUGAUGCAUUCAAGCGCAUCAGUAUUAAAAAAGUUGAUAAAAUCGUUCAAACCCGUAUAGUUGAACUUAAAUUCGUCGCUUCGAAAAUACCAUCCAUAAUCUCUGUAUUUAAUAUGAUUUUUGAUGUCAAGCCCAGUGUCCGGUCUCCCGUUCAAUGUAAUCGUUGUCUACGUUUUGGACAUACACAAAAAUAUUGUCGUAGCUGUCCUAGGUGCAGUCACUGCGGUAAAAACAAUCAUUCGGUUGGUUUAUGCCCACGCGCUCAAGCCACUGAUCCUGUAUGUCUCUUCUGUAAGCAACCUCACUUAGCCACUGAUCGUAGUUGCCGUGAAUGGUCCACUCAAAAAGAAAUUAAACACAUCAUGGCCACCGAAAAUAUUUCCUAUAAGGAUGCCUUAAUUUUUAAAAAAAAUAAUUGUUACACUACUGCUUUUUCUUUUUCCGAUAUUGUUAAGAGCCAGCCUCCAAUUUCUGAAAUAUUGAAACCAAAUAUCUCCCUAGAGGAAGAAAACUUCCCCAGGCUAAAUAAUCACCAUCAUUAUUUCAAUUCUAGGAAGACAAAACAAAAAUCUCACUCCCCGAUUAAUAAAGACAAAUUAAAUUUACCAGUUGAACCUCAUUUUUCUUCACCUAAUGGUUGCUGUUUAACCAAUCUCCCUAAUCAAAGCCUUACCGAAGUCAAAAACUCUGCUGAUCUAUCUUGGAUCCACUCUCUUUCUCUUAAGCUCUCUGUAUCUCUUAUAAAUUCCCCCUCCCUAUUUUCCCCUUUCACACCCGCCUCUCUUCAGUCCCUAAUUGAAUCUUCUCUAAAUUCUCUCCUUAAUAUUCCAGAUUCUAAUUUCACUUCUGAUUAG